UCAAAAUUAUUAUGAAAAGAAUCAUCGUUUGUUGUGUGUUGUGUAGACUGUCACUGUGGAUCCUGGGAGAGAUACCUUUCAUUCGCCUUUAGCUUUGGCUGAGGCAUUGCGUUCGCUUGUUAUUGCUUUACGUGGUGGCCACCACGGCUUAUGAGCCCAGUGUUCCGCAAUGCAAUGAUUCACACGUGGCGUUCCAUGACAAACCUGCACUGCUAGGAUGGGGAAACGCGAUAGUCGAGUUGGAUUUAUUAAUCCCCUGGCUGCAGCUCGCUCCAAGGUGCCAGCGCCGUCCACAAAAACCUCAACGGAGGAUUACUUCAAGCGGCCUAGAAUCUCAUUGGACGAUGCCAUGGACAAGAUCAGGUCGGACAAGAACACGUUGGCCCAGUGGGAGGAGAAGAUGAACGAGGGGUUCCGCAAGUCACUGGAGAAAGACCGUGGUAAGCGCUUGGCUGACUCUCAAGCCAAGGCGUCGCAGAAGGCAGCGGCACGCGCCAAGGCUGACGUGCUGGAGAAGGCCAUGGGCAUGCUGAGGCACGGCGACGGUGGCAAGGUUCCUACCGACAUGACCAAAGAGAAAACCCUUGGCAAGGAUAAGGUGCCCGCUACGACAAUCAUCAAGACAGUCAAGUCCACCAAGCCCACGGUGCCAGUCGCUCCUGUAAUUGAAAUGAUGUCCAAGGGCAAGCUGCCCACCACGACCAUUGUGCAGGCUGUGAAACCGUCCGCCAAGCCUGCUUCGUCCGGCACUAGUCUUGCCAAUCUGGACAAGCGUACCCUCAAGAAGGCUUUGAAGAAGGCCACCUCAGCAGUGACAUCUGCUGGUCCGACCAAUUCUUCUACAGCUGAUGCUUUGGCGUCAUUCGAGAAAGAGCUGAAGAGGCGGCGGAAGGAAAAGAGGAAAGCUCGGAGACACAAAAAGAAGUCCUCCAAGCGCAAGCACAGUUCCCCUGGGUCUGCCUCCUCGUCGUCGUCUUCUGUCGACACCGAUAGUGAGGAAGAGAAUGAAGAGGCGGACAGUGACACCAGCGGCAGCAACGACAGCGGCAGUGACUCUGGUCGUCGCGGUCGGCGGAAGAGGAAACGCCGCCACCGUUCCCAUAGCCCUGAUUCUGACGCAGACAGCAGUGACGAUUCAGAAUCACCAGAUGAUCGGCACAAACACAAGCAUGCAAAGCGCAAGCGCAAGCACCGCCAUCGAUCAAGAGCCUCUGACUCGGAGGCAUCAGACGACUCAGACUCAGAGACACAUCGUCAUCAUCACAAGCGCAAAAAGCACAAGAAGAAGCACCGCAGGCGGGCACCAUCCACUGACAGUGACCACUCGUCGGACACCAGUAAAGGGCACGCAUCAGAUGAUAAUGAUGGUGAUGAUGAUGAUAACGCGGAGGAAGUAUGGACAGAGAUGUCCUCUAUCCAGCCGCCAGAGACAGCAGCGGAUGGUGAUGAGCAGACGGUAUCUUCAAAGCACCACCGUAAGCACCGCAGUAAGCGGAAACACAAGCCACGCACUUAGCAACGGCUGUGCUAUGGUACCAAGUAGAGAGUGCAGAUGGUUGGUAGCCUGUGACUAUGCUCUUAUCACAGUUGGCGUGUGUGUGUGUCUGUGUGUGUCUGUGUGUGUGUGUGUCUGUGUGUGUCUGUGUCUGUGUGUGCGUGUGUGCGCACGCGCGCGCUAUGCGUUGCUGUGGGUUUUUUCUCUUGAGUCCCUUUUGGAGUUUUCAUAAAACACAUACGUGCAUCCAAUCAAGACCAGUAAGUUUCAUCAUGCUUGCCUCCAUCAGUGCCUUUAACACUCAUACUCUUUAUCACAGCACAAGCAGAGAGUGUACGACUGUUUGUAAAGGCAUUACCACGGCCACCUCUCCAGCAUAAAAUGGUAUUUCCUUUAUGUCUGUACAUGUACAUGAAUGUACUAGUACCAGUACCAGUACCCAGCAUAGUACCCAGCAUAAGCAUGUUCUAAGUUAGUCAUUGAUUUUGUUGAAUGUAAGUGCCAGUAACUGGCCCAUAUCCCAUGCUCAUCUCUCCA